AUGACCUCUCUCUCUCCGAGCCACCAAAGUCCCUCCGCAGACUCCAACCAUCCGACUGAGCAGACCAUCCUUUUGCCUGCAACUAGCAACCUCUCUUCUCCCAUCCCCAAUAAUCUAUCCGAGAUCGGGCAGAAUCAGAGCGAAGACGACCAGAAACAAGACCAACCCUGGAAACCACGACCUGACCGUCGACAGAGCUGGAGUGUCCAGGACUACAAGCAUGAGCUGCAGGACCAGAUGGUGCGGGCGCAGCAGCAGGGAGAGCAGACGGGGUUUACUGAGAGUGAAAAUAUGUAG